CACUGUAUCACAUGCACAUAACAUUCCCUCAAAUGGCUUCGCGAGGAUUCGCACUGUUCUCGUUGUGCUGGACACUUGACCUUUAAAUUACAAAUGAUUUUGAGCAGAAUAAGAAAUUUCGACGUGAAGAACAUGCAAUGAACUCGACCAGAAGAACUAUGAAGAGCUGUAAAAUAAUUUUGAGAGCUCAGAGUUUCAGUGAAGUUGUAUACGCGUCACUCAUAUAUCACUAUAGUGUCUGAGAACGUGCGUUCUUGUGCCAUGGGCUCCAUUUAUUAUCAGGAUUCAUGCAAAGUUAUCUGGAAUGAACUAGACAUGUGAAUCAUGUAGCAGUCGCUUGGAGGAGGAAUUACGCGUCUGCUGUCCUCGGCACCUGGAAUACCUGCGUGACAGGUUAUCCAUGUUCACAUAGGACGUCUUUUUAAUUUAUCUAUAUUUUUUUUGCAUCUAAGAUGGAGAACGGAAAAUGUGCUUUAUAUAAUCUUAUGUGAAACUCACAGGUGUCUGAGUAGAUCGUCUGAGAAGAGGAUGAGAUUUCAUUCCUAAUUCACAUGAUACUCUGGAUUUUUCGCAGGAAAUCGGAAUGAGAUCUGGCUGAAUUUUCGAGGGAAAUUAAGUAUCGUUCUAUUCAUUAUUACCAGUUAUUGCGUUAACAGCUGCACUAGCUCGUUUUAUUGAAUACUCGAGAUGGCCGCGAUCGCCAGUUCUUUGAUCCGACAGAAACGCCAGGCGCGGGAAUCCAACAGCGAUCGGGUCUCUGCCUCCAAACGACGCCCCAGUCCCAGCAAAGACCCUCGCUCUCUCUGCGAGCGACAUUUCCUGGGGGUCUUCAGUAAAGUCCGCUUCUGCAGCGGCAAGAAAAGACCUGUUCGCCGGCGACCAGAUGUGCCCUCGAAACCUCCACAGGUGUCCCGUAAGGGCGUCAGGCUAGAGCCGCAGCUGAAAGGCAUCGUGACACGACUGUUCAGCCAGCAGGGUUUUUACCUGCAGAUGCAGCCAGAUGGAACAAUUGAUGGCACCAAGGAUGAGAACAGCGACUACACUCUUUUCAACCUCAUCCCCGUCGGCUUAAGAGUGGUGGCCAUUCAGGGAGUCAAAGCAGGUUUCUACAUCGGCAUGAAUGCGGAGGGCUUCCUCUACAGCUCAGAGAUGUUCACACCUGAGUGUAAAUUCAAGGAGUCUGUGUUUGAAAACUACUACGUUAUCUACUCAUCCACCAUGUACCGUCAACAGGAGUCGGGUCGAGCCUGGUUCCUGGGCCUCACCAAGGAGGGUCAGGUCAUGAAAGGGAAUCGAGUAAAGAAAACUAAGCCCUCCUCACACUUUGUACCAAGACCCAUUGAAGUUUGCAUGUACAGAGAGCCUUCACUGCAUGAGAUUGAAGAGAAGCAACGCUCCAGGAAAAGCUCAGGAACCCCAACGAUGAACGGAGGCAAAGUGGUCAACCAGGACUCCACAUAGCAGGGCCCAAGCACAGGAGGCUGCUGCGGCAGAGUAGCCCCUUCCCCUCACCCUUGCACCUCCAACCACGGGAAUAGUACCACACGCUACAAGAUGACAAACUGAACUCUUGCCUGAGAAAACUUCUAGAAGAACACAGAGGGGAAAAAAGAUAAUUAAAUGUUAACGUUCCAGUCAGGAGUUGAACUCACAUUUUAUGCAAAAAAAAUUCAAAGUUUAUUUGAUUCACAACAAUAGUAAUAUUCUUUGUUUGGGGUUUAUGGUGUGAGAAAUGAGCUUUAAAACAUUCUCAUGUGUUCUUUUUCAUGUGAAUGCUCUAUCACCUCUUCAUGCUUUAUUGUCGUCAAGAAAAAUGGAAACCUUUCUCUUUUUGCUUAAUGUCAUUGCUUUUGAUUCUGUUUGUGGAUAUUAUGCAGAUUUGAGCAAGUGUUUCGGCUUUUUUUUUUUUUUUUUGGCCUGUUCAUUUUGGUAAGAGAUAAUAUCCAUGCAACACUUUCUUAAAAAGUCUUGCCCGCCUUGACGCACCUAUGUCCAGCACAAGUACACUGUAUGUGUGUGUGUUUGUGUAUGUGCGUGUGGCACUGCUCAACACCUCUAAACUGCAGCUUGGUUUCAGCAGGAGUGGGACAAUCUUUAUAACGAUGUACAGCUAAGCUUUAGAUGAAAAAUUGGUGAUUUUCUGUGAAUUAUUCAAAAAUUUCCUUUCACCCAAGCAAACUUAAGUAUUAUAUUUAGCUCAAAAUAUAACAAGCAACUCAGGAAGCCCUAGUCUUAGAAGUGUGACCCUGACACUAGCCCUGUCCAGUCAAAAGCACAAAGAAGGCCAGUUUGUUGCCCCUGUAGAGUUUUCCAGGAAGUUGACCUGGACAGGGUGGGUGGAUUGUGGACUAGAAGGAGUCUGGCAUUAAUAAGUCUUCCAGUAUAAAUGGCAUGAGAGUUGUGCCCAAAUAUGCACCAAUGAGGUAUAACAAAAUGCAGAGACUUAAACGCAUGAGUCCUCAAAAAAAUGUUUAUAGUUAAGUGAGAAAUGGUCAAAUGAAUAACAUGUAUGUGACAAAGAGUGUAGAAACAGGCACCCAAUACAAAGAUUGUCCAGAUCAAAUGAGUUUCCAGACAAGAAAACACUGUAACAGGAGUGCGUCCUUUCGCGAACAGACAAACAGAACUUUUUAUUUUUCAUGUUUGCAGAUGUUUUCACCUAAAUGAAACAUUAUCAUAUAUGCAUUAUGAAUAAUGAGAUGUAUAAAAUAUGCAUUGAUAUUAUGAAGCAGAAUGAAAUUAGGAUUGUUUCAGAAUAAAAGUAUGAUACUUAAAGCUUUCA